CUUUGUGGGCGGGGUCUGGGGCAGCCGCCGCCGGAAGCGGGGCAGCAAACCGGAAGCGGAAGUGGCGCGCUGGUGGCCGGCGCCGGCGGCUCCCGCGAUGCUCUCCCUGGACUUUCUGGACGAUGUGCGGCGCAUGAACAAGCGGCAGCUGUAUUAUCGGGUGCUGAACUUUGGGAUGAUUGUCUCCUCAGCUUUAAGGAUCUGGAAGGGGCUAAUGGUGGUUACAGGAAGUGAAAGUCCCAUUGUAGUGGUACUCAGUGGCAGCAUGGAGACUGCUUUUUACAGAGGAGAUCUCCUGUUCUUAACCAACCGAAUUGAAGAUCCCAUCAGGGUGGGAGAAAUUGUGGUCUUUAGGAUAGAAGGAAGGGAAAUUCCAAUAGUUCAUAGAGUCUUGAAAAUUCAUGAAAAGCAAAAUGGAGACAUCAAAUUUUUGACAAAGGGAGACAAUAAUGCUGUUGAUGACAGAGGGCUGUACAAACAAGGGCAGCACUGGCUGGAGAAGAAAGACGUGGUGGGGCGAGCGAGAGGAUUUGUCCCCUACAUUGGAAUUGUGACUAUUUUAAUGAACGAUUACCCAAAAUUUAAGUAUGCCGUCCUCUUUUUACUGGGCUUAUUUGUGCUGGUCCAUCGAGAGUAGUCCUGUUGCAGUGAAGUUCCUAGUGAAGAUGCCAUGCUUUUUGUAACCAAGAGUUUUGAGUAGGGAAUGGCCUGAUGUGUGGUGAGAAAGGAAAAUGUACAUUUCAAUGCUUCUUAGCAGUUUGGGUUUGUUUUUUUACUGUGUAAGGAAGAAUGUUAAUCACCAUAUUUCCAAUGGCUUGUCACAUUUUAGCCUUUUCGUACAUCGGUGUGUUUUUAUAUUAAAAGUCUAAGCCAAA